AUGACUGGUAUGAUAGCUCCCACUACCUUACUAACUUUGUAUUACUAUUGUGUUGUAGAUGUUUCUGAUAUGAAAAUGUUUGCAUAUGUACUGAAAUCAUCAUUAGAAGAGGAAUGCCUCCAAAAAAGAGCCGCAAACAAAAAAGAUCCUUCGGAAGACGGUGGAGACCAGUUGCAACAGUGGCGUGAACGAUGUGCUGAUGAAGCUGCAGAUUUGAAGAAAAUUCUCGAUGAGUGUAGUGAACGUGUGAAUUCUCGUAAGCAAACAGAAGAGAGAUGCGCUCAGGACAAACGUAGUGUUUCCGGCAGGACCUAUUUGGCCAGUGCAAAGACUCCAGCAACCGUCGUAUCCAGAGAUUUGAGAGAACUGGAGGUCACUGCGAAUCAAGGCACCGAGAAGUUGGAGCCAGAAGAAUUGGAAGAGGUUCACGACUUUUAA